AUGCACACAUGUGGUAUUGGAGAGACCACAACGUUGUAUGAAUCGAUGGCUGGUGGCUCGUGUGAUUCGGCGUUGCGGCAGCUGGAGGCGCUAAUAAUUUCAACACCAAUGAAUUAUAUAAAGAUCAACUUCAAUGCGGCGGUGCAAACACUAAACAUGAGCACCGCCGCCCCUGCACCGCCGGCCGAGACCGCCGUCGCCGCACGCCAUCGCCAUCAACCGCCGCGAAAGGCACCCCCCAAACGCCGAUGUUAUAGAUGCAAUAAAAUGGGGCACACUGUCCGGCAAUGCCUCGCCCCACAAACACCUAGGAGAGCACCAGCCACACAACGUGGAGGGUUGAGUUCCGUUAGGGUAAGGCCGCCGCGGAGUCUGAGUGCAAGGUCGACACGCACUCAGACUCCCGGUCCCCAACCUAUCGGAAUAUCAACCCCGAUGGCAUCAACCGUAAGUAAUAUUUUUAAUCCUAAUAGUGCUAAAUAA